AUGAGGCGUAUUAAACGCAAAAGUCUUCAAGAAAAGCUAAUAGCUGACAAGGCUAAACAAUACCACAGAGAACGGUUGGACAAUUUGCUCAAUAGCAAUGAGUUGAAAAGAGUAAAUGUUGCUCCUCAUGGAGACUGCUUUUUUGAAGCAGUUCUUCUGAAUUCAGGUGAGGAAAACCUGUAUCAUAAUAUUGAUGAGUUUAGGCAGGUUGUCUGCUGGCAUCUCCUUCAGCAUUGGAAGCGUCACACGCAAAUGGAGGUGGACUCUGUUCAUUCAAACAUUGAACGUGCAAAGAAAAAACAGAGGUAUUUGUUCCAAGUCAGUGGAACACUGUCAUCACCCUUUCUAGAAAAAACAAUCCUUAUCUUGUUGUUCCUUUAAAUACAAUGAUGUCAAUGACUGGAAACAGUUUGUCAGAAAGCAGCGUUCAAACUUAAAGUUUGACAUCAAUUCCAAGCGAAUAAACUGGUUAAAAACAAGAUGGAUUAGAGUGAAAAAGUCCUCCCCAAAUAGUAUAUUUUUUAACAACUCCUUCAAUGAAGAUGAGUUUAUGGAAGUAAACAUAAGAAGUGGGACCGGAACUAAAAUAGG